UUAAACAUUCGCCAUUGCAAUGACUAAGAACUUCUGUUAAAAAAUGUUUAUGCUUACAUUGCUGUGACUACAAUCUAUUACGUCUAUUUUGUCGUAAUUAAAGUGUAUGUUAUAUAAUAACAAAAACAAAAAAUUGCAAGUAUAAGUGUAGUUAUUUAAAAAAAUAAAACGAUAUCUGAUAAACUUCCAUAAUUUUUUUCGAUUAUAUCCGAUUAAUAUUUUAAGUAACGACACUAUGAAACACGCCCGUGUACUACGCAUAUUAAGUUAGCAGCACUACUCAUCACUAGAACUACUUAUCCUUCCCUUUAAAUAAAAUUAUUAUAAAAUACGAACAAAUGGCACGCGUGGCUGUCGUAACUGGAGGAAAUAAAGGUAUUGGAUUUGCUAUUGUGAAAGGUCUUUGCAAGCAAUUUGAUGGAGUUGUAUAUUUAACGGCUCGUAAUGUAACGCUGGGAUUAGAUGCUGUUAAACAAUUAGAGGAACAAGGUUUAUCACCAAAGUUCCAUCAACUCGAUGUUACAGAUGAAAAUAGUAUUAAAUCCUUCCGUGAUUACUUGCAAAAAACACACGGAGGACUAGAUGUGCUAGUCAAUAAUGCUGCUAUUGCAUUCAAGAAUGCUGCUACAGAACCAUUUUCACUGCAAGCUGAAGAGACAAUAAGAGUGAAUUAUUUUGGCCUAAGGAAAGUGUGUAGUAUACUUUAUCCACUAUUAAAACCGCAUGCACGUGUAGUUCACCUUUCCAGUUCUGCUGGUCGUUUAUCAUUGAUUCCCGGUGAAUCGUUGAGAAAAAGAUUGUCUUCGAAACUUACAGAAGAAGAAUUGGAUAACAUCAUGCAUGAAUUUGUCGAAGCUGCAAAGACAAACACACACUUGGAGAAAGGUUGGGCAAAUUCUGCUUAUGUUGCAAGCAAAGUAGGAGUUUCUGCUUUAGCUAGAGUUCAUCAAGGUAUGUUCAACUUGGACUCGCGAGAAGAUAUAGCAGUAAAUUCUGUGCACCCUGGCUAUGUUGACACUGAUAUGACCAGUCAUAAGGGACCUUUGACACCUGAUCAAGGUGCAGAGGCUCCUAUUUUCUGUGCAUUAUUGCCAGAAAAUACAGACAUCAAAGGCAAAUAUAUCUGGCACGACAAGUCGUUGGUAGAAUGGACAAAAGAUACAUAAAUGUGCUAAUUACAACACAUUGUAUGAAAUAUGCACAAUAAAAAUUAUGUUUUUUAUCACUUUACAUACUUAUACAUACAAAAAUUUAUUUUUUAUAUAUUCACUGUGUAUUAGUAUUGAUUUGCAUAAUAAAACUGAAAUCAAUGUCAU